CUGUAGUUUGGAGGUUACAAUAGCGCCGACCGCCGGUUUUGUUUACCAUUGGCAACACUAGUACUAUUAUGGAUUUGUAUGUAAAUUGACAUCGAGAAGGCUAGCGAACGAUGGGUGUUACGAUCCUGCAGCAGUUUUCAAUGCUGGAGAACAGAACGGGCCCGCAGACGAUCGAAUUCCUCACGAAGAGAGUGGUCGCACUGGGUGCGGUGCAGUGCGGCCAGUUCCUCGUCGACUGCGACACGUACGUUUCCAACCCGUCACUCGGGCCGCAGAGGACAGUGCACGUUCUGCACAAUUCCGAGCAGCCCGCUUCUGUCUUCUCCCUGCUUGAGACGGGCUCGAAGAGCAUCCCACUCGUCGCCGACGGCCUCUUCGACUUGCUCAUGCUCAAGAUGACGCCGAUCUACACGAAAAAACAGCCCAAGAUCGAGUCGAAAGGGCCGAGGUUCGAGCUGGCAGACUUCUGCAUCAAACUCGGCAGCGUCACCAUCAGCCAGAACUUCAAGGGCGUCCUGGUCGAGGUGGAAUACCGGCCCUGCACCGUACCGUCCUACUGCUCCGGACUACUCAGGGAGUUCGCCCAAGGAUUUCUCGGCUCCUGUGUUCAAGGGCUUGGCCCGUACUUCACAAACCGCAUGGACGAGUCUUAUCAACCGAUAGACACUGUACAGCAAUAUUUAGAACACUUUACCAUGUACAGAAAAGCAGCAUAUGCUGUUUAGUUAAUGCAAAAAAGCUGGACUUCAAAGUAAAUGUGUUAAACAUUUUUUAUAUAUGUGCAAAGUUUGAAAAUAUACUAACUUAUUAUUUUAUUUA